AUGGCCACUGACCAGGAUGUCGUCUCCUCCUGUGAGUGGGAGUGUGACAGGGUGUCGUACCUCCUGCCCUCCCUGCUGCUGUUCCUGCUCUACCUGGCUCUCCGCUGGCCCCCGGUACAGCGAAUGGCGAGGCUGGGGGUGAAGGCUGCCGCCUGGGGGCUGUGGGUGACACUGUGCUGGGUCCUAGAGCUCCCCAUCCACCGCCCUGACACAGAGCCAGGCUGGGGCAAGGAGAGGGGAGGAACACAGGGGCAUGGAUCAUCCCCAGGCCUUGCCAUAGGACCGUCACCAGACAAAAGCUGGGGUAGGGAGAGGGGAAUGGGCCUUGGCUUGGGAUUACAUCCAGCCCUCUCCCCAGCCCCAGGACCCACUCUAGCCUGUAAGCCCACAGCCCUGGCCCGGUUCCUGCUCCAGCACUGCUGUUCCCUGGCCAGACCCAGGCUGGCCUCAUGGCCCAGGGGGGACCCCCACCUCCAGACACUUUCAGGUUUGUUAUUGGGGGGCCUGACUGCAGGAGACCAGGGACAAGAGGAGGUCAACUUUACCCGAGACCACCUUCUACUGAAGGACGGGGGGGUAGUGGCUUUGGACUGGGCUGUAGGCGUAAGUGGGAGAGAGGCGGCGGGACAGGAGAGAGGGAAGGAGCACCAUCCUGGGGGAAAGGCAUUGGGCUGCCACACCUCCACGCCUCCAAUCCUCCUCCUCAUCCCUCACUACUGGGGAGGGGUGACGCCCCACCUGAGGGGUCUGUGUAGAAUGGCUCUUCGUCAGGGUUUCUAUGCCCUCGUGUUUCACCGCAGGGGCACGGGGGGGUGCCCUCUCACCACACCACGGCUGACUGAGUAUGGAGACUCUGCUGACCUGGUGCAGACAGUAGCGUAUGUGCGUAGCCGGCACCCGUCCUCUGUGCUGGUAGCGGUGAGCGAGGGUUCUGGUUCGGGCCUGCUGCUGUCCUACUUGGGAGAGUGUGGCUCCUCCUCUUACCUGACGGCUGCAGCCUGCAUCUCACCUGUCCUGCAGGGCCAGCUGUGGUUUGACACGCCCCCGCCGCCACUCUACCGCUGGGCAGUGCUGGUCCAACGCAAACUGCAACUCAGCAGGUAUGCCAGUGCCCUUAGUGGGGUGUUCGAUGUAGACAGGGCUCUCCACUGUUCCUCCCUCAGAGACUUUGAAGAGACCCUGUUCUGCUCUGCACUGCGACCCGACAUCCCCCACCACCCAACCAGUCACACACCGACCCCAGGGGCCAGAACUGCCAGCGCGACACCAACCACCAAACCAGUGGCUGCUGUACUCCCCCUGAACACCCCCCAUCUGACGGGACCCCACAACACCAAACUGGAGGCCAAAACCGUCUCCCCCACCCAUGCCUCUACUCCCAGGGUUCCAACCGCCAGAGCAGGGGACACAGCACCCCACCAACACACCCCACACCACUCAACAGGACCCCUCCAGCCUGGGGCCCCAGCCUCCACCUCUGGAGCCCCAGCCUCCACCUCUGGAGCCAGAUCAGGGUUAGCAGGGGCAUCAGGGGUAGGUGGGGUAGCAGCCUGGGUGCUGGGGGAGCGGGGUCAUCCUGCCAGGGACUGGGAGAGUUACUGGGAGAGGAACGAACCUCUGAGGGAUGCAGACGAGGUGGCGGUUCCCGUGCUCUGCCUCUGUAGCCGUGACGACCCCCUCCUGCCGCCCCCCUCCACCCUGCCCCUCGCCCUUUUCCAAAACAACCCUUAUUUCUUGCUGGCGCUGACGGAGACGGGCGGGCACUGUGGGUUUGGACUGGAGGAGGGAGGACAGGGGGAGGGAGAGGUGGGAGGUAACUGGAGUAACGUGUCUGUGUUGGAGAACUUCAGGGUGGUGGCUGAGUUUCUGAAGGGGGAGGAGAGGAAGGGGACGAGGUGGGGUGGUGUCGGGGGGGUACGGGCACAGGCAGGGGGGGGCAGAGGGGCAGUACCAUGCUACCCCCCCCGGAGGAAGAGGGAGUCCAUGAUGAAGAGAGAGAGACCCAGCACACAGUCACACACACAGGAACACCUCAAUGAUGGAUGGGGAGGAGGAAGAGGAGGGGAGGAGGGACAGUUUACCUGGCAGAGGUCCUACACGCGCUGAGAAAGGAGGAGAGGAUGUAGAGAAGGUGGAAGAGGAGGAGUGAAAUAGGAGACACCCCAGAGAGCACUGAUGAAAGAGAGAAAAGGAGGAAGAUGAGGGGUGUACAGGGAGAUAAAAAAAAAAAAUUGCAAAUUUUUUAAAGUUGGGAUUCAAUCCGAUCAGAGGUAGAUCCGCGUUAUAGCAAGCUUGACAUUUAAAAGUAAUUUCCGAUUGAGCUGACGUAUGCAGUGUUUACCGUGAAUGGGGUCUCCGCGAAUGCGGGAAAGUUGCCUUUUAAAAUUUGCAUAGCUGACGAAGCGCGAUCAAAUUGAAUCCUCUCGCCCUCCCUAGAUGUGACUGAGGUUUGGACCGCAGGAGGUUGGUGGCACCUUAAUUGGGGAGGACGUGCUCGUGGUAAUGGUUGGAGCGGGAAAUGGUAUUAAAUACCUCAAACGUGUGGUUUCCAUGGUUUCCAGGUGUUUGAUGCCAUUCCAUUCGCGACGUUCCGGUCAUUAUUAUGAGCCGUCCUCCCCUCUGCAGCCUCCCCUGAUUUUGGACACGUUAUUUUCUACAAUGGAAAAAUUUGAUGAUCAACCAAAGUUGAAAGAGCACAUUGAAUCUGAAUGUCCAUUAAUCUGGAAACCCACAACCAAGUCGUGUGUGUGUGUGUGUUGGCUACUUGGAGAACAGUCUGUUUUAUUGAAUGGGUUAUUGAGUGUUCUCCUCAUGAGUCAGUGUUACUCAGAACAGGAGAUGUGGGCUGCAUCCCAAUUGGCACUCUAUUCCCUAUGUAGUGCACUACUUUGGACCAAGGUGAUAUUCCUUUAUAGAGAAUAUGGUGCCAUUUAGGAUGCAGAUGUGAUCUUCAGUCAAAGCAGGAGGG